GUUUGAGCCUUUUCACAGCCAUUCUCGUUCAGACAAGUGGGACAAUGGGAUUCUGAGACUUUAAUUGACUUGUUAAUUCAUUGUAUGUGAAAGGAGUUUUAUUAAGAGUUGUUGCAGCUUAGUGUACGGUGACGGUGCGUUUUCUCAGGCGUGCGAGUGCCCACUGUUCAUUUUCGUUAGGACCGGAUCACUUCUUGUUCUGCUGGAAUUACUUUCCAUGGGCAUGAAACUAAACUUGUUUCCAUCUUCGAGUUUUCAGCCCAGAUGUAUUUAUUUUUAUCGUGCCGCGAUACGGUAUCUUUUAUGCCAUUACUCAUUCGACUUGCAUUUCAGCUUAUGAGCCCUGACUGAACAUCAGAGUUGCUAUCAUUGCCGCAGUAGAGCUGUGAAAAAUGGCACCCGGUUCUUCAAAUGUUAGCCAGAAUCUCUUUCACUUGCGGCGGAUCCCUCCUAAUAAAUGCCGUUCGGAUCCAUCAAGAGGAGUCGAAGCUACUUUGAUAUUACUCGAUGCAUUUACGAAAUUUGGAAGAAAUCCGGAGAAAUGCGAUGUAGUUCUAACAUCCUCCGUUUUCAGCUCGUCGAACAUGAUUUCAAGAGAUCAUGCUGAUAUAAUCGGCGUGAAGGGUGCCAGUGGGAGGAUUGAGAAAUAUCAUAUCAAUGAUCGCUCACUCAACGGAACAUAUAUCAACGACCAGAGAGUGAACAGUACGAUGCAAAUAAUGGAGGGCGAUGUAAUAAAGUUUGGUCACAUGAAUGGAGCAGCAGUGCGACCGGGACAAACCGCACCGCAGGCCAAUGCUGAGUUUGCAUUUAUGGUGGAGAGAGCAAAUCCGAGCUACGACUACAUCGGGUUCGUAGACGGUCGACGUGUACGCCCUGUGACUUGCUCGGGAGAUACAGAAUACUGUACCGAAAUAGAAGGAAGAACUAUUGAUCACGGUGAAGUUGCUCGUCCUACCGUCAUGCAGUCCGUAAAGCCUCCUCAUAAUCAGAAUAUAUCACAACAUAUAAACGCUCCUUGCACUACGGCAAGCGUCUCCACUGCUGGAACCAACCCCAUGGCAGGUCUGGUUUGGCCAGGUGCUCUUGGAUACAACCAGUCACUGCCUGGCUUUCCAUAUAGCGGAUUCCCCGUAAAUCCUGCCUAUCUACAGCAUCCACAGUGGGCACAACAACUACAAAUGCUAUCGCAACAGGCCGUACAUUCCCAACAGCAGUCUGGAUUUCGAGUACCUGAUGUCUUCGGAGCAACAGCGUGCAUGGGACCAUCGAAUGGUCCUCCCUCUACUUCUGCCUCCCUCUUUCCACUCACUCAACGAGGCUUCGCUCUCCAGAAUAAUGCCUUGGUGAAUUCGCUGCUAACGCCUGCCGCGCCAUCUGCGUCUAAUCAACAGCAGGGACAAAUUCAUCAUCAGCAGCAAUUACCGCAACAGAUACAACAACAACAGCAUCAUCCUAUGCCAACCGAUGAGAAGAACAUCCCAGCUAAUGUAAUAGGAAAAGAUGCUAGGUUGCCUUCUGGCUGCCCGGAGCCGGUUUCAGCAGCUACGUCUACGACAGCCCAUGUGCCUGAUCCGCCACCUGUUGCAAAGAUUCCUGUAGCUUCUCCCCCAAUGGAGUGUGACAGCUCGGUUCCCAGUCCACCAAAAACAUCAGUUGCAUCAACUUCCAACGCCUCUUCCGCCCAACCUGUCUCUCGCUCCAACGUCUCCCCGUUGAGGAAGGAAGAAGAUGUGCGAUCAGAGCGCAGCUUCGCAGACUCACCGCAGCCACCUCGAGCGCCAGCUCCAGCUCCUUGGGAUAGCACUCCAUCCCCCAGGCCGAGAGAUUACUCACCAGAUCGGGAGAGUACGGCUACACGAGAUACUGAAAAAGAUAGGGAUUAUGAAAAGGAUAAAGAUCAAAAGGAUGUUGAAAAGGAGAAGGAUGGGAAGGAGAGGGAGAAGGAGAAGGAAAAAGAGAAAGAAAAGGAGAAAGAGCAAAGUAAAAAGAAAGCCGCAAAAGAAGCUCGUGCUUCCGCUACCAGUCAUUCGCGUCCUAGAACGAAGGCAAAUGAGAUCGCUCGUCUUCUGGAUGACUUAUGCGAGGGCUCUUGGGUUAACACUGUGCGACGCGUUUCUUCAACUUCGAGGAGACCAACUGAUGAAAUCAUCAUUGAAAGAAAUAGCAAGAAAGAAAAGAAAAAGAUGGAAAAAUUAAAGAAGAAAGAGCGAUCAAGAGACCAACGAGCAUCAUUCGCUUCGUCUUCGUCCGUUUCAUCAGCGACGCCGGCAUCUUCAAAGCCCGGCCGAAGGCGACUCAAGCAGUUGAGCGAUGACUCUAGCAGCUCCGCGUCUUCUAGCGAGUCGGAACAGUCACCUCUGACAUCGCGAAAAGCCGUUGAAAAGAAGAGGACCGAACCGAAGAAGAAAGCAGCAGGGAAAUCUGCAUCAGAUAUGUCAUCUAGCCGCUCAUCUGACUCUGAUUAUGAUUCGGAUGAUCGUGUUGCAACCAAGAAAGGGCAUAAACGACGUUACUCGUCUAACGAGAAGCUUACCGAAAAGAGGAAGUCGGCUUCAUCGAACACGUCUGUGAAGAAGAAAGGAAGGCCUGCGAAGAAAAAGCAAGAAGUGGUCACUGAUGAAGACGAGUCAGUAACACAGCAUGAUCCACAAACAACGUGUGCCUUGAAUGGUGAAUGUACAAAGCCGCAGAGCGAACAAGUUGGAUGGAUUUUCUGCGACGACUGUCAGAAUUGGUUCCAUAAUAUCUGUAUUCUUGGACGUGAGGAAGCCCCUGAUGACGAAUUUUUCUACUGUGGCUGUAAGGCGAAGAAAAAACCGAAGAAACGAUGAGGAAAACGCUAAUUGCUUUCAAUGUAUGAUUUGAAUUAUCUUCAUGGAAGCCGAAUGUCCAAAAUGGAAGCAUGGCUUCGGCUGCGUUUUGAGGUUAUGUGGUCUGAUAUCAUGAUCUUAUCGCUUCACAUCAAGCUUGUUACCUGAAUUUGCUGAUUCACUACUUGACCUCUUUGUAUAUUAGUUUAGCCCAGUUGUUAAUCCUGUGGAGGCACAUAUUUUGCCUCUGAAUCGCGGGUACUGCGUCGUUCAUUUAGCGAACCAAAAUCCUGAUCAUUGUCAGGUCUAGCAGCUUGAUCGUAGAUUGUCCCUCAUUAUUCUAACAUCUUCAUUCCACCUCAGUACGCCUCCAUUCAUUAUGUUCGCUUCAAUCUUUGCAUUUUUUAUGUAAUUUUUUCCAUCCCUGUUACCUUUUAUAUCAUCAACUCCUCAUCCAUCCUUGAUUUUUGUGCAUUAGUUAUGUGAAACUUUUUUGACAACUAAUAACGCGUGUUAAACAUAUGAGAUUUCCAAUUAUGAUUUUCUAUUCUACAGAGUGGGUGUCAAAUACCAAAACAGAUAAAGUAUUGCAUUUUAA